AUGGGACACCAACACUCAAAACUUACCAAAGACGAAAUCAAUCAACUCGCAAACAGUUCAUCAUUCACCAAAUCAGAGGUAAAUGAAUUAUAUCAUGAUUUCAAGAAGCAUGACAAAGACGGAAAUGGUGUUUUAGAUAGAAACGUAUUUAAACCUAUAUUACAAAGAAAGAAAUAUAAUAUUAACUUUAUUUCAUAUUAUAAUAAUAAUUACUCUAUAGAAUUCAUUUCAUUCUUCUCAACUAGAUUACCAAAAUUCAACUCUACUCAAUUGAAUAAUUUAUUUGAUUCAUUCGACAGUGAUGGUAGCGGAUCAGUUGAUUUCAAGGAAUUGGUUGUUGCAACUUCAGUUAUUGGUAAGGGUACUGCUGAAGAGAAAUUAGGAUUUAUGUUUGACACCUAUGAUAAGGAUAAGAGUGGAAGCUUGGAGAAGGGUGAAGUCGACAAUAUCAUCAACAUGAUGAUCUCUGUUGGAAAGGCAAUGGGUAAGAGUGACAAGGAUAUCACUGUCUUUGUUAACAAGCUUAUCGAGAAGGUCGAUGUCGAUAAAAACCAAACAAUCACUCGUGACGAGUGGAUUUCACAAGGUAGCAAGAGUCCAUCUGUCUUGACAUUGCUCGGUUUGUAA